GCCAAGAGCGCGCGGCCGCGCCCGCCGAGCCGGGCCUGAGCUGGUGCCCGGCGUGAGUCGCGGCCGGAGCUGUAGCUCGAGCCACAGCCGCAGCGAGAGCCCCAGCCAGAGCCUCCGAGAGCCAGAGUUUUGGAGCGCAGGCCCAGCUGGAACCGCGCCUAGCUCGCCGCCAGGCACCGGACGGAGCACCGGAACGUCGUGUCAGCUUACCACCCGGGUACGGUGGGAGGCAGCGAGCCCGCGACUCCCCGGGCUGGGCACCACCAGGCGCGGAGCCCGGAUCGCCCCUGCCAGGCCUGGUCACGGCGUGAGCACGCAGGAGUUCCUGGGGUCUGGAUCUGCGCGCACCCUUAAGACCUGAGGACCAAAGAGAAAAGAAGAGCGAGGAUUUCAUCUAAGAGUAUAGCGUGGGCACUAGGCUGGGAGGAAAGUGAAGACCACCUGGCACGGGACAGAGGUGCCUGGAACCCACGCUUGAGCAUCGGAGACCCUGGCAUCCUAGUAGCUGCGACCUUGGCUCUGCCCUGUCUGAGCUGGAAACACAGCUUACUUAGCUCCUAGACGUCGCUGGCAAAGGCCUGGCACAAGCGGUCCUCUCACCUGUCUGAGACGGGGCACGGGGUUGGAGGAACCAGGAUCUAGCCUGGCCCCAAGUGGAGCUCUCUGGUGGUCACCGGGGAGCCUGCCUCCUGCCCCAGCUCCUCUGGUGCAGAUGUGCCGCUGCCCGCUGGAGCACCAUGACGGCAGGAUGACCUCAGCCGAAGUAGCAGCAGCAGCUGAUGGUGCUCCGACGGCUGGGCCCCCAGAGUGGCCCCCUGGCAGCCCUCAGGCCCUCCGGCAGCCUGGCCGGGCCCGGGUGUUCAUGGCAGCACUGGUGUGGCUGCUGGCGGGAGCCAGCAUGUCAAGCCUCAACAAGUGGAUCUUCACCGUCCACGGCUUCGGGCGGCCCCUGCUGCUGUCGGCGCUGCACAUGCUGGUGGCGGCCCUGGCAUGCCACCGGGGGGCACGGCGCCCUAUGCCAGGCAGCACUCGCUGCCGAGUCCUACUGCUCAGCCUCACCUUCGGCAUUUCCAUGGCCUGCAGCAAUGUGGGCCUGAGCGCUGUGCCCCUGGACCUGGCGCAGCUGGUCACUACCACCACGCCCCUGUUCACCCUGGCCCUGUCAUCACUGCUGCUGGGCCGCCGCCACCACCCACUUCAGUUGGCCGCCAUGGGCCCACUCUGCCUGGGGGCCGCCUGCAGCCUGGCUGGAGUGUUCCGGGCACCCCCCACUGGCUGUGGCUUCCUGCUCGCGGCCACCUGCCUCCGAGGACUCAAGUCGGUUCAGCAAAGUGCCCUGCUGCAAGAGGAGAGACUGGACGCGGUGACCCUGCUUUAUGCCACCUCGCUGCCUAGCUUCUGCCUGCUGGCAGGUGCAGCCCUGGUGCUGGAGGCUGGCGUGGCCCCGCCGCCCACUGCUGGUGACUCUCGCCUCUGGGCCUGCAUCUUGCUCAGCUGCCUCCUGUCUGUUCUCUACAACCUGGCCAGCUUCUCCCUGCUGGCCCUCACCUCUGCCCUCACAGUCCACGUCCUUGGCAACCUCACCGUGGUGGGCAACCUCAUCCUGUCCCGGCUCUUAUUCGGCAGCCACCUCAGUGCCCUCAGCUACGUGGGCAUCGCACUCACUUUUUCAGGAAUGUUCCUUUACCACAACUGUGAGUUUGUGGCCUCCUGGGCUGCCCGUCGGGGGCUGUGGCGGAGGGACCAGCCCAGCAAGGGUCUUUGAGACUUGGGGGAUCUCAGGAGCCACCUGAGACAGCCCUGGCCCGAAUCCAACCUCAGCUGUGGCCAUAGAAAGAGUGGAGAACAGGGCCGGGCAUGGUGGCUCAUGCCUGUAAUCCCAGCACUUCCAGAGGCCGAGGUGGGUGGAUCACCUGAGGCCAGGAGUUCGAGACCAGCCUGGUCAACAUAGCGAAACCUCGUCUCUACUAAAAAUACAAAAAUUAGCUGGGUAUGGUGGUGUGUGCCUAUAUAGUCCCAGCUACGUGGGAGACUGAGGUGGGAGGAUCACUUGAGCCCUGGAGAUUGAGGCUGCAGUCAGCCAAGAUCAUGUGCCACUGCACUCCAGCCUGGAAGACAGAGCAAAACCCUGUCUCAAACAAACAACAAAAAAGGUGGAGAACAGGCAGUGACCUCUGCUGGGGGUGAUGGCAGGGAGGGGAACCUUCUGGAAGGGCUGCCUUGGAGGCUGGGAUGGGGACUCCCAGGGAGACCUGCCUCCUAUCCCUGCCUGCCUCACCCCUGCCACAGACUCUGCUCACCACUGGAUGGUGGGUCCAAGCCUGGCACAGUCCUUGUGCUUGUCAGAGUCAUUAUUAUGAGUAAUAUCAACUACGAUGCCAAAAAUUGCUGGGCAAACUUUGAAGACCUCAAUGUAUUAUGAUGACGAUGAUGAUGAUUCUUGGUGGUUACACAAUCCUUCCUCCUGGUGGGGGCAGCUAGGAGGCCCAGCGCGGGGGUCUUCUAUCCUGCUGGGCUCCUCUAGGGAGUUGGGGUAGUCUGUGCCAACUCCAGGCAGCUGCUGUGGCCUCACCCCUGGGACCCCCAAUUUUGGGUCAUCUAUCUUCAAAUACACUAUUUUUGCUUGUA